UGGGUCUGCUGCUUAGAAACACAGAAGAAAGCCAGGGACAGUCCCUUCUUCGCACGGAGUCUAUGAUAACAAGUUUCGUGCAAGUUCUGGAGAGAAACAGAGAUCACUAUAAUUCAUGGCGACCACGACAGAGAAGCAGGUGAUGGUGGUGGGAAUCGACGACAGUGAACACAGCACGUAUGCUCUGGUUUGGACUCUGGACCACUUCUUUACUACUUUGGGUUCGAAUUCUCCUUUCAAGCUCGUCAUCGUCCACGCCAAACCUUCUCCUGCUUCUGCCGUCGGACUCGCCGGUCCUGGAGCUGCGGAGGUUUUGCCGUAUGUGGAAGUGGAUUUGAAGAGGAUAGCUGCCAGGGUUGUAGAGAAGGCUAAAGAAAUCUGCAUCAGUAAAUCGGUCCAUGAUGUAACCCUUGAAGUGGUGGAAGGUGAUGCUAGGAAUGUUCUCUGCGAGGCUGUAGAGAAACACCACGCCUCAAUUUUGGUUGUUGGCAAUCAUGGUUAUGGAGCUAUUAAAAGGGCUGUCCUGGGUAGUGUGAGUGACUACUGUGCUCAUCAUGCUCACUGCUCUGUGAUGAUUGUGAAGAGGCCUAAAAUCAAGCACUAAGCCACUUAGUUCUUCCGGGAAAGUAUUGAAGAUCGUAUUUGGAUAUAUUCAACAAUAAUUUCUGGAUCAAACUCAAUAUUACACCUACCUACACUGCUUGCGUAAGAGAAUUUUGAUUCUGUCUAUUGUGUAUUGUACAUCACGUAUAUCUAUGUGUAUGUCCUUUUCAUUGUUAUAACUAGAAAAAUAGGUUUCUAUUUCAAGCUUUGCUAAACAAUCAUAAGUGAAGCAAUAUCGUAUUUGAAGAAGUUCAUGACAAUGAUCUUUCCAA